UAUUCGAAGGAAGUGAGGUUUAUUAUACUAUCAUAUAAAAUUUGCAAAUUUUGCCUAAUUUGUUGAGAAUCUAUUAAUAUUUUGUCAACAAGCUGUUAAAUUACCUGUUACUAUGUGCUUGAGUGGUGUUUUAUUAGUUAAUUCAUGUUAAUCUGUUUAUAAACCCAACUCGAAGGUUUAGUUCAAAUUCGAGUUCUGUCGUCAAGGAAUUCACAUUCAGCAUAAAGCUGAACUGUUCAGAUUUUACUAGCUAGUGACAAAUAAUAACACUGAUGUGUCUUUUGUUCUGGAUUUUGCACCUGCAGCAGUAACUUGUGAGUUAUGAAAACUCUUCUAAUAUUUGUAUGAUAGUACACCUAGCUAUGUAUACAUAGGCCUAGAUAUACGAUGAAGUAAGCCUUCUGGCCCAUCAAUGCAACAUGUAUGCCAGAGCAAAACAGGCUGCCAUUCAAAAUACCAACAGAGGGAGUUCAAGGAACACCAAAAAUGCACCCAUAAGUGGAAACACACAAUCCACUGCAGGGAAGAAAGAGGGAGAAUCACAAGGAAUCAACAAAGCAAAGCCAAAGAAAGGACUUGGAAGAGAAGAUAUUGUAUCUGCAGCUUUGAGCAGCAAAAUUGAUGUGGAGUAUCCGUCGCUUGUAAAGAUUGUCAGGAUUUUUACAAGUUCUACUUUUACUGACACAAGAGAGGAGAGGAAUAGCUUGAUGAAGUAUGUCUACCCUAACCUAAGCACAUUUUGUCGUGAACGGGGCUACGAAUUUCAAGUGGUGGACAUGCGAUGGGGCGUGAGGGAUGAGGCGACAGAAGAUCACAUGACUUCAGAGCUCUGCAUGCAUGAAUUGAGAGAAUGUCAGCGGCUGUCAACGGGGCCAAACUUUGUGACAUUUCUUGGACAAAAGUAUGGCUACCGUCCCUUCCCUCCAAAAAUCCAAGCAACAGAGUUCAAGAAACUUCUGUCGGUAGUCAAGAAAGAAGAAGAGAAAAAUCAGCUCCUUGAUUGGUACAAAGAAGACAAAAACAGCUUGCCUAAUGUAUACACACUCCAACCGAUUACAUCCAGAUUGCCUUACUUCAUCAAUAAUGAAGAGCCAGAAAAGAAAAAAGAGGCUCAAGACAAAUGGUGGGCUGACUUUGAAAUGAUACAGUCGACCCUGAGCUCUGCUGCUUCCCAGGUUCUGUCUGGGGCUGACAAGAUAAAAUAUCUCUGGUCAGUGACACAUGAUGAGAUAGCCAAUGGUAUUCUUCAAGCUGAGAAUCCUGACAAGCAUUGCUACUGGUUCAAUCGCACUAUAGAUGACCUUGAGAAAAGGUCAAAGGGCAGCCAGCUGGCAGGACGAUUUAUUGACAUGAAAGGAGGAAGUUUAGAUGUUGAAGUGCAGGGACUGAUCAGCAAACUCAAGAAGGAGAGCAUACCAUCAAAAUUGCCAGCAUCAAAUAUCACUAGCUACCAUGUGAGGUGGACAGAAAAUGGUGUGGACCCCUCUGUUGCAGAGCAUGCCAACUACCUCAAGAAAUUCAUGAUUGACUUCUACGAGAAAAUGACAGAGCUCAUCUUACGGGGAAUUGAGGAUAAACAACACAUGGAGAUCAAGGACCGACUGACAAUGGAAGCCAUACAGCAUGCACAGUUUGCUCAGAUGAAGUGCAAGAGUUUCCAUGGCCGGGAGGAACUAAUCAAUCAAAUUAUGCGUAAGAUCAUGGACAGAGUUAACAGGUAUCCCCUUGUCAUUUGUGGGCAACCUGGCUCUGGCAAGACAGCCCUGAUGGCAAAGUGUCUGCAGAAAAUAAUGUCAUCCCAAUCAGAGAAUAUGUCUGUUAUAGUACGUUUCAUCGGGACAACAUCAGACUCCUCGAGCAUCAGACAACUUUUGUUGAGCGUUUGUGAGCAGUUGCUGGCUCAGAAACCAGAGACGUUGUCAAAUCUGCAUGGGGAAACAAAAGAGCUGACAAUGAAGGACGCCCAAGAGCUCUUCGUCCACAGUCUUACCGCCCUCUCCAAAGCUAAGAGUUCACUCUAUCUCUUCCUCGACUCACUAGACCAGCUGGACGACAGUCACAAAGGUCGAGUCAUGGACUGGUUACCUCUGCCCCUGCCAAAAAAUAUCCAUGUUGUGAUUUCGGUCAUACCUGAUGACAAGUACAGUGUCGUGCCACAUCUGAAGAAUCGUAUCAAGGAAGCAGAUUGUUUCAUGGCUGUGCCUAAACUAUCCACUUCCGAUAUCUCCAGCAUCCUGGAUGGCUACAUGAAGUCGGUAAAUCGGACGCUUCAAGAUCCUCAGAGGUCGCUGUUACAAGAAGCCUGUAUGCGAUGCCCAAUUCCCCUCUUUCUGAAACUGUGUGUGGACCAGGCACUCAAGUGGUCCUCAUUUAGCAAAGUCAACGCGGCAGUCCUGCAGGGCUCUGUAAAAGACGUUAUUAACAAGCUAUUUGAGCGUUUGGAGAAGUACCACGGGUUUUUACUGAUCAGCCAUGGAUUGGGCUACAUCACAGCCUCAAAGAAUGGGCUCAGUCGGAAUGAACUAGAGGACAUUCUCUCCCUUGACGAUGAUGUCUUGAAUGACAUCUACCAGUAUUCAGCGCCGCCUUACCGCCGCUUGCCUCCUCUCAUCUGGGUGCGAGUACACGCCGACCUGAAGGAGUACCUCACAGAACGAGGGGCAGAUGGUGCCACUGUUCAGCAGUGGUACCAUCGGGAGUUCGGGGAAGUUGCAGAAGAGAGAUACCUAAGGAAAAAGGAAAUAAGGGAAAAGCUGCAUGUAACGAUGGCAGAUUACUUCCUGGGGAAAUGGGCCAACAGCAUCAAGAAACCUUUUAUGGAUCAAAAAGGAAACGCUGGGGUAGAGGAUCGAUUGGUCAAACCACAGCCAUGCGUCUUUAAGGAAUCAGCGCACAACCAAGCGACAUUAUUCAACCAUCGCAAACUGUCCGAAUUGCCGUUUCAUCUUGUGUUGGCGGGAGAUGUUGAGACGCUGAAGAAGGAGGUCUUGUGCAAUUUUGAUUGGUUGUAUCAGAAGACGAGGGCAAGUGGAUUUGACAGUGUCCUGAAUGACUUCCUGUUCGCAAAACAACACGGCAUCAGUGAUAAGGAACUCGAUAUCGUGUGCAAUGCAUUCCGUGCUUCCAUAGAGGGCAUUGCUCCGGACAUAGGGCAGUUACCGGUGCAGUUAUGCGGUAGGCUAAUGUCGGUGAAAUUAGACGCGGAGAUGGCCAAUGUUAGAAAUUUGGUGCAGAAGUGUCAGAACCCACCAUUUAGAUGUUUUGUGGCAAAUAAAGGGUUUCUCCAUCCCUCUGGAGGUGCCAUGAUCACAAAACUUCUUGGUCACAGUGACACUAUCGUGGCGAUAGCGGUGUCUCCAGAUAAAAAGAGAGUUGUUUCAUACUCCAGUCACACAAUGAUUGUCUGGGACAUGGACACUGGCCUCGAGAUAAGGCGGAUGAUUUAUGACCCUGAGGUUGUGGUUCCCGACUUCCUGUGCAUCACCAAGGACAACAACUUCAUCAUCAAUAGUUGUAAGAUGCAGCUUGAAAUCAUCACGAUCUAUGGUCCGGAGAUUGAGCACAAGCUGGAACUGGACCACGAAAUGUUUCACUUGCCUGUGCCCAUCUGUCUCUCCCCGGAUUACGAAAAGCUCAUGGCUAUGACGGACAAGUCACUGUACAUCUGGCAGAUAGGAACAUGGACUAAACUCCACCAGCUUCCAAUAGCUUCCCCACCAGCCGAGCUCUACACCCUUGCUCCUGAAUUUAUGAGAGGCCACAAGAACCUGGUCAUAUACUUUCGCAAGAAUACGGAACAUUUCUACAUCCUUGAACCCAAUCAAUUCAAAAAGACAAAGAAGUACAUCGCAAAGGUCAAAGUCAUUGAUAAAAAUCCAGGCAAAAUGCAUUGUUACUUAGCAGCAACGUCGAGCGAUAAACUAGCAGCAUUGGUAUUCAACGAAGACACAGAACAAAGUGAUGUGACAUUGAAAGUUUUUAAUCCGUUGACUGGGAAAUUGUUGAAGAAGUUUGACCUUGACCUUCAUGCAUUUUCAAUGAGUGGAACACAGGUUCUGUAUCCGAAAUCUGAUGGUAAUCACGUCAUCUUCCCCAAUCUGAAUAGAGAGGUUCAUCCGUUCUCUCUCACCGAACUUGACCUUGAAACAGGAGCAGACACGGAGCUAUUCCAGAGCAGCACUCCCUUCUAUAGGAUGGACUGUGUAGACGACGACCGAGCUAUGACCAUUUCUGUCAGGAACAUGAACACUAUUGAUUUGAAAGACAUCGGAUGCAAUACCUCCACCUUUGAUCUUGACCCUAACACACUUCUGACGGAAGAAAUUACAGCGCAUGCGGAUAACAUCUGGCCACUGCCCGAUUCGACACGAUAUGUUGCUGGUAGCACCGCAUUGAAUCAGAUGUUUGUCUAUGAUCUUGCUGAGCAGAAAGUUGUUAGAUUAUUGAAGCCAGACGGCUACUGCAUGUACGGCCGGCUACACAGCAACACGUGUGCCAUGUUUAUGAACCACACCCAGCAUCUUGUGGCAUACGAUCUGGUUAAAAUGGUGGAGCUGUUUACACUGAAGGAUCAUUGCAAUUAUGACGGAGGUUAUGAUUUCAUUGAUAAAGACCACAUCGUCUAUGCCACUCCAUCCCGACCGCCCUCUGGUAGUCCAUCGCUGUACAAUCCAACAAAACUCAAAAACGACCGCUUGAAGGUUUUCAAUAUACACACUGGCAAAUUGACCAAAACCAUCCAACUCACUGGUGGUCACCCUAUCAAGUCGGUGAAGGCAAGCAAGAAUGGCCAGAUAAUCAUGUGUUCGGUCAACCACGCUACCUAUCCCACAGAAGACUGUCAUCUGGUCGGCUAUGACCUGAAGGCUGCCAAGUGGUUACCUAAGGUCAUCAGUGGAAAAAUCGAGGACCUCCACAACCGGGGCGGUUUCAGCCUGACCAGUGACGGCAGAUACGUGUUGUUUGCACAUCCAAAUGAAUUGAUGCCACCAGUAGAGGUCAUUGUUUGGGAUGUCAGGAAUGGAUCUGGACGUUCCGUGCCUGCUCACACUGAGAAUGGCAUGCCACAGUAUCCAAUGAACUACCUGUUUUCAGAGUCAUUAAAGGCAGUAGUGGUACUGUACAACGGAGGUGACGUUGCAGUUUAUGACCUUGAUACAUUAAAUCAGACACAACUGGUAAAAACUGCAUCGCAGAUCAUCAUGAAGGCACACCUCAGCCAAGAUGGUUCACUGUUCAUAUCAAAUGGCAUGGCGAUUAACAGUAUCCUUGUCUAUGAUCUAGCUAGAGGAAAAAGGGUAGGAACUUUGGCGUUGGAUAUGGACGCCAGAGCGUACACUGUAUCAGCUGACAAUAAUUUCCUUUUAUUCGGCGCCCCCCAAGUUAAAGGAAUGGUACAAGUCUACAUCCAAAGGGAGGCAAGCAAAGAUGCUCGAAAGAGAUGGGGGAUGAUCCUCAAUGAUCUGAAGAAAAAGCCAGCAAUCUUUGGGAAUGAUUUGAUAGAGAAGAAUUAUUAUACAAAUCCUACACCGCCCCCAGCGCAGAAUGUUGGGUCGUAAGAUGUCAGCGCCAUGUUUGGCUGAUACCAACUUGGUAAUAAAGCACAUUGUCAAAAUAAAAAAUCCCAUGCUCGUAAUUUUUCUGACCAGAUAGAGCGAUUUUCAUAAAUAUAUUUCAAUCAUGAUACAAUGCAGAUGCCAUGUUUGCCAUGGGGUUUUAUCUAAAGUAAAAGGUACAGUCCUGACCAUAUUAAAAUCAACACCUACUUCAUGCAAUAUCUCCCAAGCUAGUACACCAAUUCCAAUACGGUUUUCAGGAUAUUGUCCGCAAUUUUGUUGUCUUAUUACACAUUAUGGCAAGAAUGUGAAUGCAUGAAUGCAUCAUUAUGUAAUCGGCCAUUUAAAAAAACCUUACAAAAAAACGUUUUUAGUUCAAGCUCUUUUUGAAAUAUUUUUCACUACAAUGAUAAAACCAAUAAUUCUAAGAAUACUGAUAAAAAAUCAUCAAAAUCGAACGAGUAAUAAUGAAGAUAGGGCUAUUAUUCAACGCAUUCACUGCCACGUGGCAUGUUUUUACGAGAAAAACAUGCUUUUGGCAGUGAAACCCUUGAUGUAACAAAAAGUUAAAUGGCUCUAUCUUAAUUUUGACUUGUUCGAUUUUGAUGAUUUUUUGUCAGUAUUCUUAGAAUUUUGUGUACAAUCGUUAUAGCGAAUAAUAGUUCAAAAAAAGUUUUUUUGUAAGGGUGUUUUAAUCGGCUGAUUACAUAAUGAAAGACUCAUGCAUUCGCAUUCCUGCCAUAGUGUAAAUAGAAAACAAGAUUUCUCACAAUAUCCUGAAAACAGCCUUGGAAUUGGUGCACUAGUUUGGGAGAUAUUGAUAUUAAUAUGAUCUGGACUGUACAUGUAUGCCUUUUCUAGAAGUUGCCCUUAAUGGGAAUUUGAAUGAACCAGAAAAGGCCAGAGUGGCUCCUAAGGUAGAGCCAUCCUGGUAGUCUGAAAUUAGUGUAUUUUAGGUAGCAUAAGUUGUCUUUGUAUAGAAGGAAUGGGGUCAGCGGAGGUACAUGUACAAAAAACCUCAUUUCAGCAUCAGUGUAUUUUGAGAUAAUCUGGAAUCUUGCCAUGUUUCUUAGGUAUAUUUCUUAUAUAUUUUUGAAAAAUUUUACGUUUCUACUUAAAAUUGUGAUAUUGAGCAAUUUUACACUAUGACAGGUCCUGCUUAUUGUUUAUUCCGUCCACUGCCUCUCAUUGCAAAUCGUACUAUUGUUGAUAUCUCAUUGGUGAGGUGAGGUUUGUUUUGAGUAAUGUGUGCCAUAUCCAGAUUUUUGUCCAUAUCAGUAAGAAUUCCAAUGGAUCAGAGACCACAAUGAUUAAUAUGAUAAAGGGGUACUAUAGGAGUGUCUAGAAAACGAAAACCUAAGACCUAAGACCCACUAUGAAGCUAAGAUGCUGGAUACUAUGAAACUAAGACCCACUAGGAAAAUGAUGAAAUUUAGGAGGUUCCUACAAUUCCUUCUUCUCAGGUCUGACAGCAAUGCACCAGGGUUGAGAUGAACCCACUGCUGCUUGGUCAAAUAAUCAACCAAAGUUGACAUGGUGGUCGUUGGGAUGGGAGGGCUUAACACUUCCACUGCUGGUUAAGAAAUGAUGGAGAAUCCAUCCAUAAGAUAAACUUGCUGGAAAUUAAUGAAUUAGACAGGGUCUUGGUGUGGUGAUCUGGUAGCUCUUGGUGUGUUGGCCUUAGACCAGAUGGCGCCACCAGUCUCUUCGGAGGCUGCCGGGUGACAGGACCAUGAUGAGACACCGUAGGAGUGGGGAGGGUGAAGACGGCAUGGUUUUAGAUGAGAUGUGAGGAUUCUGUGUCGAAGGAAUAAAGGAGUUUUAUAGACAUGAAGGUAUGUUAGCGUGAGUUAAUGCCGAGCAAGGAGAAGUACCCCCGACGAAACUUCACACUGGUGACAGCUGUACAGGAAUUCUGGACCCGAUCGCAGUUAAUUUCCCAACUUUGCCGGCCCUAUCUGACACUCGCGCUUGCGUGCGGGCUUGUUGUAUAUACUGCGGCAGUGUAUUACGGCCUCUUGUUUUUACGCCGUUCGUUUGUGUGCUACUGUGCUAUAUUUAAUUGAGUUUUGUGUCGGGUGAGCACUGCAGGCAUUGCCUAGACACAAGCAUUAGUGAGUUGUAGCGCCGUGGUUGGCGUUCAUGAACUUUCUGCCUGGAUUUUUAGUAUAAUUAUAUUGCCAGUCUCGCGCACUGCAUGGCUGGUACUGGGCUAGUCCACAAGUGCGAAUGUAUGGUGGCCUGUUAGGUGUGCUAACGCUCUGUUCUGCAUUACCAGUGGUACACGCUCUGUAGUGCCAAUCACUAUAGUAUUGUUCAUUAGUUAAUGAUAUUGUGUUUCUAUUGCGGUAAUUCUGGUCGGCUAUUUGUUGUGGUGGGAGAGUAUACUUGUUUAUUGCAUAUUCAUUAAGUAUUAUCGAAACUCAUAAAUAUGGCUGAAUUCUUUGAUGUGGUGACGGAUCAGAAUUGUAGAACUCCGAUAGUGCAGGGGGGUGUGGUCCCGGCCAUGGACACCCCACGAGGACCACCGAGGGCUGCUGGAAUAUGUGCACCACCAGGUCACAACCCUUACCGAAGAGUGGGAUUUGAGGACUUCCAGCGUAGUGGUCCCCGUACAUUGAACCUGUCCCCGGCAUCACCUGGUACACCCGCUUUGAGAGCCAGUAGUACCCCGCUUCCACCAGUGACCCCUGCUGGACAGAGGACACGGGAAGAUUUGGAUGCUGGUGCAGACAAGGGAGAAUUGAUGUCAUCAUUUCUGGACUCGUUUACAUCCUUAGUCGAGAGCAGAUUGAAACAGGAGGGGACGGCCCGACAUUCCUCGGCAAAAGUGCAGGCCCCCAAACCAUUUAUGGUUAAUCAGAGCUUUCGGAUAUGGCUUGAGCGCUUUAACACCUAUGCUGACCUGACAAAAAUACCUGUGUCGGAGAGGAGGCAGCAAAUUCUAUCGCGUCUUGACCAUCAAGCAUACAUGGCUGUAGCAAAUUUCCACUUGGCCCCUUCCUUGACGUAUGAGGAGUUCUCUAGUGCACUUGAGCAAAGAUUCCACAAUGUGACCCGUUAGGACUAUAAACUACAAUUAAGGGCACGCACACAGGGAAGCUCUGAAUCUUACGAAACAUUUGCUGACGUUUUAUUGGAAUUGGCCCUAAAUGCUUAUCCAGAAAGUGGGUUUUCCCUACAACAAGAGAUGGCAAAGGACCAGUUUCUGUUGGGAGUGACUGCCACAGAACCUGUUAAGCAACAACUUCUCAUGAGUUCCCCAAAAUCCGUGGGAGAAGCCAUAAGGAAAGUGCGUCAGCUAGAGGCUGCACAGCUCCUUCUCAAACAGGGGACCAGGCAGCGUGAGGAUAGGAAUGAUGGUAGUGCAUCAUCCGGGAAAGGCAGGGUGGCAAGUGCUACCUCUGGGACCACUGCACCGAAAGCAGAUUCGGACAUAAGCAAGGUUCUGGACCUGCUGCAGAAGAUGGAAUCCAGGAUAAGCAAGUUGGAAUCCACCGGCACAACAAAUUCUGAGAGGACGUCUGAGGACAUGCGCUGUUGGCGUUGUAAGGAGUGGGGUCACCAGGCCCGUCAGUGCCCAACCAUAGAGUGCUAUAACUGUCAUGGCACUGGACAUAUGGCCAGGUCUUGCCCCCAGAAUGAUCAGGAAAACUCCAAGUCGGGGUCGUCACGGGGCGGACGGACCCUCAGACAUCAGUAGAAGCUCCAGCUGGCAUUUGGUGUGGGAAUGAGUCACUGGUUCUCCGAGGUAACGUUCUGGCUACCUCCGAGAAUGGCACUGCUCUAGAUUUGCCACCUUCUGGCUACAUUUCCCCAAAUGCUGAGCAU